CUCACGUGCGGUGUUUCACGCGUGCGCUCGACUCGGCACGAAGUUGGUCUCUCCUUUCUGACGUGCUGCUAGGCGAUUGCGCGCGCAAUGAAUCAGACCGCGCCAGUAUCGUGUAUUCCUGCGGGGAAGAUGUCAAAAGCGAAGAAGGUCCUGGACGAAGCCCGAGAGAUCCAAAAUCCCGAGCUUGAUCUCGCGGACAAGGGCAUCGCUACGUUCGAGGAGAUGCCGGGAUUACUGAACAUGAUUAAUAUAACGAGGCUGACGUUAAGUCACAAUAAACUUCAAGCUGUACCACCGGGUCUCGCCAAUCUAGUCAAUCUAGAAAUUCUGAAUCUCUUUAACAAUCACAUCACCGAGCUGCCGAUCUCUCUGUCGCAAAUGCCGAAGUUGAGGAUCUUGAAUGUGGGAAUGAACCGAUUGGACGUGCUUCCUCGCGGCUUCGGCGCGUUUCCGGUUCUCGAGGUGUUGGAUUUGACGUACAACAAUCUGAGCGAAAAAAAUCUACCCGGAAAUUUCUUCAUGAUGGAGACCCUGAGAGCGCUCUAUCUCGCUGACAAUGAUUUCGAGUAUCUUCCGCCUGAGAUCGGCCAGUUGAAAAAUCUCCAAAUUCUCGUGCUGAGGGAAAACGAUCUGAUCGAAUUACCGAAGGAGAUCGGGGAGCUGGCUCGUCUCAGAGAACUGCACAUCCAGGGCAAUCGCUUGACGGUUUUGCCUCCCGAAAUAGGAAACUUGGAUUUAGUGAGUAACAAGGCGGUGUUUCGCAUGGAAUUCAAUCCGUGGGUUACUCCGAUCGGCGAUCAGCUGCAAGUGGGAAUAUCUCACGUCAUGGACUACAUUCGUUCGGAGACGUAUCGAUAUGUUUAUAAUCGCCAUCAAAGCGCCAAAGGUCCGCCACCUCCCAUUGAGAACGAUAAGAGCAAGAAGAUCUCCCGUGCCCGUUGAGACGCGUGCGAUUUAUUUUUUGCAUUAUUUUGACCAAAUGUGCUAUUUUCUAUUAAUAUGUUUUUUUUUAUGAAUAUUUUUAUACGCCAUAUACUGCCAAUAAUAUAUUUAGUAUUUAAAUUAACGAAUUCAGGAUUGAAAUGUGCCUUAUUAGUCAGAAUUGAUUUACGAUAAGAGACGCUAUAUAACGCUUUUUAAUCAAUAACGUCAUAUUGUACAAUUUUUACUUAAGUGUACAUUAACUUAUUAUAUAC